AUGGACUCCCAUUCAGACGACAACCCAGAGCCCCCGCCGUCGUCAACAACGCCUUCGCGCUCCCGACCACCGCGCUCGUCCCCGACAGCGGGCCCCUGGCCGCCUCGCGCACCCUCGUCCGAGUCGCUGCACUUCACCGCACUGCACUCACACGCUCCUAACCAUUCCAGUGUCCUCAAGAAGCGCCACUCCGCAUAUACCCUCUCCAGCACUCACCCGCACGGAACAUCGUCCGUGCCGCCCCCUGUGCCUGAUCUCCCGCCGCUGCGACCCCCGCGCAAUCCUGCGAGGAGCAGCACCAACAUCAGCGUCGCCGGCCAGGACAUCGCCGUACCGCACCCGCCCUCGUCGUCGUCAGCAUUCUCGAUGAACCCACAGCCGAAAGGAAGACCACGGAGUAGACCGUCGACAGCGACGGGGUCGACAAGGGAGGAGAUCACGCCAUGGGAGUUCCAGGCCUCAUCGUCGGCGUCGUUGUUGGAGGAGCACAUGGGCUGGGCCGCACCGGAGAAGGAGAAGGAGCGGGAGCGGGAGAAGGAGAGGGAGAGGGAGAGGGAACGGAUCCUGGAGAGCCCCCGCGUCAAGCCUCUGGCGCCUUCCGUCAAAUCGCGCGCUUCAUCGGCCGGCCUUGGGCUAUCAACAUCGACGGGGCCCGUAUCAGAGGUCACCCCAUGGGAGCUCUACCCCGCCCCGCUCACCCCGGGGGGAAAUGGCACAACCCACACGAUUGCGAGCGCGUCGGCGAAGGAUGUCUCGCUCUCAGCACCUUCCUAUACCGACUCCGCGGGGCACACGCCCCUCCCACUGACACCCCGCAAGCACACGCUUCCGACGGGCCCUAUUGAGGAUGUGACACCUUGGGAGCUGGAGCCCGCGCCUAUACCGGAGCCUGUGGUACGUCGAGUUGAGAGCGGAGGUGUCACCCCGGGCAAACACAAGGAGAAGGAGAAGACGAAGAAGGCGUCCAAGACAAACUCGUCUCGGCCAGAAUCGCUCUCUCCACCUACCGCUCAUGCCUCUAUCCCCGCCCCUCCCCUCUCGCCCUCCCGUCGAUCCCUUCCCUACUCUGAUAACUCGCACUCGCACCAUUCAGGGCUCCAAAGCGCUGGGCAAGGAACGUACAGCUCUUAUGCACGCAGCGGUGUCAGUGGACAAGGGUCGUUGGCGCAACGACCCCUGCCGACAGGGCCGAUGGAGGAGGUGACGCCUUGGGAGAUGCACCCCGCUCCCGACGCGCAAGAUAAGGAGAAACUCGCGAGCCUACGCUCCCGCUCCCAUUCCUCGUUGCCGCCUUCAUCACCCCCUCCAUCCUCUCCACUCCCCUCGCUACCUACACAUCGGAAGACGUCGAGCUAUGGGCAUUCACCCACGGAUGGCGAGCGGCCACUCAGUUCGAAAACGAUACCGGAAGACCGAUCGGAGGAGACGCACUCGGAGGAGCAGGAGCUGACGAUCCCGGAUUUGCACGAUUUCUCGGGGGUCGCGACGGCGAGAGGAAGAGCAUCGGUCUCCAGUUCGGCGGCGGGUUCUUUGGCUCCACCAGGUGCGAAUGCGGGAGGAAGUUCGGGAACUGGAGCAGGGGCGACGAGUGUCGCGUCGCACAUGAGCAUGGCGCAGAUGGAAGAGGUUCUUCCUUGGGAGCUGUAUCCCGUUCCUGCGCCGAAGUUGAGUGGGACAAGCUCGGGAAGUGCCAGCAAGGACGGGAGGGAGAAGAAAUCGUCGCGGCCCGGGUCGUCGUCGCACGGGAAAGGGCUCUCGGACUUUGGAUUGCGGAGGAGGAGGAGCACAGGGAGCAAGGCAGCCGCUGCAGCUGCAGUCGCGGUGUCAGCGUCGACGUCCUCGGGAGGGACCGCCUCUGGCUCCGGUGCGGGAACGGGUGGCGGGAAAGCACGCGACUCGGUGCACCUGCAGGCUGGGGUCUCGAACGCGGGGAUACCAAACCCACCUCCUUUACCAGAGAACGCACCCUCCUCGUCGACGCCAGGGUUCUCAGCUCCCGGGCCUAUCACACCCGUCGCCUCGACCUCGUCAAUUACCACUAUGUCGUCCACAUCCAAGGGCGAUCGGAAAUCACAGCUGAAGCCCCCGUCGAACGCCCAGGACCUCAAGUUCUCAACAGCCGAUCGAACAAUCCUAGAAGAGCUCAAGGCGAACAUCCAAGCCCGUGAGGCGCAAUUCAAGAUAAUGGGCGUUGGUCAUACCAUUGUGGGCGGUGGGAAGUGUGCAGGGAAGAAGUAUCAUCCGUUCUCACAGAACGAGGUGCCGUACCCUAGAAGCUACGAUCGUGAGGUUGUGGAUCUAGAUGUAUGGGAGACGAUGUUCUGCCUGAACAUCUGCGAGAGCCUGACAUGGCAUGUGUUCGAGAAACCCCCAACUAAAGUGCUUGACAUUGGAUGUGGAACCGGCACAUGGCUACUGCACUGCGCAAGGACUUGGAAGGAAUGCCACUUCGUUGGUCUCGACAUCGUACCUCUUCAUCCCAACCUCCAGAACGUCGGCUCACCUGAUCUCGCGUCGAGGAUCACAUGGGUGCAGCACAACUUUUUGGAGGUCCUUCCCUUCCAGAAUGAGGAGUUUGAUUUUGUUCAUAUCAAACGAAUAUCACUCGGAGUUCCGGAGGACAAGUGGGACAAGCUUUUCGAAGAGAUUCACAGGGUAAUGAAGCCAGGUGGCGCCUUUGAGAUGAUUGAAGAGGAUUUGUUCUUCCCUGGCCGAAGGGUCGUCGAGCAAGACGACCCUUCGAUGCGCGAUGACGCCUCAUCUGUGACGAGGCGGAACUCAACAUCUUCGGAUCGACAUCGAGCCAGCGUCAAUGGCCACGACGAGGUGGCGAGGCUGGAACAUGUUGCCGAGAACAGCGACCCUGCUGCACCCCAGACGCCGGCAACGAUCCAUGCAACUCUGCCUGCUGCCUCCAGACCGGGCUCUCCAACCACGAUCAAGAACGGAGAAUACCCUAACGGCCGUGCUGACCCACUCGCCGAACGCAAGCCACAGGCGCCUCAAACGAUGGUUAUAAUCCCGCCUCAUUCACGGUCUGCUGCCCGGCCAUUGCUUCAUGUUAAGACGCAACCUACAACAGGCCCGUAUGCGGAUUUUGUCGGGCUGGGAGGGCAAAUGCAUCCGGCAAUGUUCGGUUCAAGCGUCUCGCUACUCGGUACGAUGGGAUACCUUACUAUCCAGGACCCGUUGGUUGAAAUGAUUAAAGAGAGCAAACGGUCGCGCGUUUCGGCUGUGAUGGCCCCCGGACUCGGUCACGCCAAUUCGACGUCGUCGUAUCAGCAGUCCAACACUUCAUCCGACGGCCACCAUCCGAACACCCAGCCCACAGCAAAGAAGACGAAGCCCUCGCCUUUCUUGCUGAGAAGCCUAACCCAGACGAAGGCACCAACUAGUCCUCGUGAUCAUACAAUUUUGGCGGCUGUGUGGCAUGGGAUGCUAGGGUCGCGGUUCGUCAACCCGACCCCGCUCUCGUUGUUGACCACUUUCCUGGAAUAUCAUUUCAAAGACGUUCGCACACACCCACCUCUCUUGUACACUUUUCCCCCUGUCCCAGUCAAAGCCGAAGAGGAAAGCGGCGACGAGAGCCACGGCAUGCUGCUGUCAGAAUCAGAAUCUGACGUCGACGGUGCUCGAGACGUCAUUGUUCCUCGCCCAAAACGACCUCGGUCAACCAAGUCGAAGAAGUCUCUCAGCUCGAAUUCGACUUCCUCUCACGCCAACGAGAAUGGCGAAGUCUCUGAGGAAAAUCGAUGGCUCUCUAUGCAGGCUCUGCUCAAGCAUAAAUCGCCAUACAUCACUCUCGACGAAUCUCGGGCCUAUGCGUAUUCGCCAUCGAACAAAUCAGCUUUUCACCUCCAGAAGACAAACGAGGGCAAGAUGCUCUUAAGCAACCGGAUCUCGAGGCUCCCGAACACAACACUGCAUAUCGAUUUGCGGACACUGAACCUCCAUCUCGCGCUCCGCGCGAAGGAAGUCAUUGCCUGCUCUGAGCCUAUGUGGCAGUGGGUGGAGAAGACCCAAGCUGAUGCUAAGGCCGCCGCUGCGUCACCAUCGUCAUCGAGGGGAUCUCGCUUCCGUUCUGACUCCAUUGAGAGCACCCUUGUUGGCUCUGGGAGUGAUGUGGACAGCACCACGGAUGAGGACACGACCAGAAAUGCGAUUCUAGAUAUGACGAGAGAUGAUUUCGACCAGCUGUUGAACAACUUUGAGAUGGAUAUGCAAGAUAAGGCAUCUGUCGGUAAUGCUCUCCGAGAACGCUUCAAUUGGCAAACCUUCCCAUCGCCCGUUCUUCAAGACCGCAAGGCGUUCGAUCUCGCUUGCGAAAAGUAUGACAACUGGGUUGAGCAGAAUAAAAUUCGCCAGCCCAAUGUACAAGUGGCCCAUCGCUCGCGCAACUCGUUCUCGAACUCUGGCCUCGUUCCUCCAACCCCCGACUCCCCCGUAUCGCGCGACCAUAACGUCAUCAACCGGUCAGCGAGCAACCCACAACCAUCAACGGCCACGUCCGAUAAACUUUUGGAUGACACGACGCUGGCAGCAUCACAUCGCAACGAUGACGCUCUAUUCUCCGAGUCAUUACCCUUGCCGUCGACAGAGUCAAUGCCUCCCCCCACCCAGAUGUUCAGUCGGGCAAUGCGUGUGUUUGUCGCAUGGAAAGCCACAAGCUAG